GAAGUAAUUGUCUGUUUCUAUUCGGUGUACAGUGUUGAUUUCCUGAGAGGAGGAAAGGAAGAUUUGACGUUUGGAUUUUACCUCAACAACCUUCACAGUAUUUCUUUUUUCACUUAGUAAUUCAAGAGUUAAAAGAAAUUGGUGAAAGCUUCUGAGUCAAUCAAUGGGAAAAGUCUAACAAUGUUCAGCUUUGAGGGAGAUUUCAAAACGAGACCCAAGGUAUCACUUGGAGGAGCAAGUAAAAAGGAGGAAAAAGCAUCCUUGUUGCAUCGCACUCAAGAAGAAAGAAAGAAGAGAGAGGAUGAAAGAAAACGACUGAAGAACGCUAUCAUCAUUCAGUCCUACAUCCGUGGCUACCAGGACUUAAAACAACAGUAUGCCAUUCAGAGGUCUAUGUUUGAUGAGUGCGCCGGCCAGUCGAAGGCAGGGGGUGCUCAACAGGUCAUGGAUGGCGCUGCUCUCUGCCUUUUAUCCAGGCAGCUUAUAUUUUUCUACAGACAAAGUAUCGAUGCUCAUAGAUUGAUUUGGUUGUGUCAGAACCUGGUGAAACACAACAGUCGGUUUGUGAAGCUCUUAGUCGGCCCGCAGAAGCAAACUUGUAUGUUUCAGAUCAAAAAGAUUUUGGGCUUCUGCUGCAGGCUUUUGGAUAACUGCACCGAUGAAAGUUUAAACGUUGCUGUUCCCAUGCGAAUGCUAGAAAUCUUUUCUACAGAGAAAACCUAUCUUCCUGUUAUUCCAGAUGCUAACUAUGUAGCUUCUCUACGUGAGCAGAUUUUGCACUAUAUGGUUCAGAAAGGAUACUACAGGUCGCUGUAUGCUCUUGUAAAUCACAGACUUCCCUCCAGUCUGGAGUACAGCGAUGCUCCUUCUAUCCCUCUGGCAAGCACACUGUUGGAGCACAUCCUCAAACCUCUGCACUUUACUUACUCCACCUGCACAGAAGGCGCAAGGCAGUUUGUGUUUGCAGCUUUUACCAAGGAGUUCAUCUCUGCGCCGUUUACCGAACAGAUCUUUCACUUUUUUAUCCCGGCGCUGUCCGACUGCCGUCUCUCAUUCCCGUUCGAGGCCUUUCUCAGCUCCCUCCAGGCCACCGUUGACUCUUCCUCAGCAGCGCAGAACCAGGCGCCGUGGCUCUUCUACUUUGUCCUCUCUGCAGGGGAGAACUACUUAGGCUCUCUGUCAGAGGAGGGUCACCUGCUGUACCUCCGAGCUCUGCAGACGCUGCUGCCUCUACUUCCGGUGUCGGAAAGCACCAGCAAGCCAGAAGCGACCAGCGACUCUGACGACGAUGAUGAUGAUGCCAUGCAGCCUUUACCCAUGCAGGAUGACAGCCGGAUUUCUGUGCAGCUGAUAACAGAGGAAUGUGUCCGCAAGCUGGACACCAAACAGCAGACCAACGCUCUGCUGAACCUGGUGUGGAGGGACUCGGCCAGCGAGGACGUUUUCACCAUGAUGGCGUCCAUUUGUCACACGCUCAUGGUGCAGCAUCGUCUCAUGGUGCCAAAAGUCAGGCUGCUCUACAGCUUAGCUUUCAACGCACGUUUCCUGAGGCAUCUCUGGCACCUGAUAACUUCCAUGAAAACUAAAAUGAUCACCGGCUCCAUGGUGCCGCUGCUACAGCUGAUCUCUCGGGGGUCUCCCAUGUCGUUUGAGGACUCGAACCGCAUCAUCCCCCUUUUCUAUCUCUUCAGCUCUCUCUUCAGUCACUCUCUUAUCUCGGUGCACGACAGCGAAUUCUUUGGGCAUGAGAUGGAUGGUCAGAUCCAUUCGUCCAUGAUGCCCUUCACGCUCCUGGAGCUGGUGACUUUGUCCCGCUGUCUGAGAGACGCCUGCCUGGGGAUCAUCAAACUGGCCUACCCUGAGACAAAGGCGGAGCACAGAGAGGAGUACAUGGCUGCCUUUCGUAGCGUCGGCGUCAAGACGAACGCCGAGGUCCAGCAUUGCAUUCACGCUGAGCAGAAACGCUGGGUGCAGCUCUUUAAGGUCAUCACUAACUUGGUGAAGAUGGUGAAAGCUCGUGACAUCAGACGACCCUUCUGUCCAGCAGGUCACUGGCUGUCUGAGGAGGUCAACAUCCGAGCGGAUAAGGUCACUCAGCUGUAUGUCCCGUCAGCAAGACAUGUGUGGAGAACACGCAGAAUGGGUCGAAUCGGGCCACUUCAGUCAACUCUUGAUGUUGGUCUGGAGCCUCUGCAGCUAUCCGUGUCCGAGGAGAGACAUCUGGCCAUCCUCACCGAGCUGCCUUUUGUUGUUCCUUUUGAGGAGAGGGUGAAGAUCUUCCAGAGGUUAAUCUACGUCGACAAAUAUGACGUGCAAGGAGACGGGCCGUUCCCCGAUGGCAUCAAUGUCACCAUCCGACGCAACUACAUCUACGAAGACGCCUACGAUAAACUCUCUCCAGAAAACGAGCCGGAUCUUAAGAAAAAGAUCAGAGUCCACCUUCUAAACGCCCACGGUCUGGACGAGGCAGGCAUCGAUGGUGGAGGCAUCUUCCGCGAGUUCCUUAACGAGCUCCUCAAGUCGGGCUUCAAUCCCAACCAGGGAUUCUUCAAGACGACCAACGAGGGCUUGCUGUACCCCAACCCUGCUGCAGAGAUGCUGGUGGGGGACUCUUUCACGAGACACUACUAUUUCCUGGGCAGGAUCCUUGGAAAGGCACUGUAUGAAAACAUGCUGGUGGAGAUGCCUUUUGCCAGUUUCUUCCUGUCCAAACUUCUGGGAACCAGCGCUGAUGUGGACAUCCACCACCUGGCGUCUUUGGACCCCGAGAUGUACCGAAACCUCCUCUUCCUCAAGAGCUACGAGGGCGACGUGGAGGAGCUGGGCCUGAACUUUACCGUGGUCAACAACGAUCUGGGAGAAGCUCAGGUGGUUGAGCUGAAACCAGGAGGUAAAGAUAUCCCCGUGACGACAGCGAAUCGGAUCGCUUACAUUCACUUAGUGGCGGAUUACAGGCUGAACAAGCAGAUCAGGCCUCACUGUCUGGCCUUCAGACAGGGCCUCGCCAACGUGGUCAACCUGGAGUGGCUGCGUAUGUUCGACCAGCAGGAGAUACAGGUGCUGAUAUCUGGAGCACAUGUGCCAAUUUGUCUUGAUGACCUUAAAAACUUCACAAACUACUCAGGAGGGUACUCUGCCAAUCACCCGGUUAUCCAGACCUUCUGGGAGGUGGUGGAAGGAUUCACAGACGAAGAGAAGCGCAAGCUGCUGAAGUUUGUCACCAGCUGCUCCCGACCUCCGCUGCUGGGAUUUAAGGAGCUUUACCCGGCCUUCUGCAUUCACAACGGUGGCACCGAUCUGGACCGCCUGCCCACCGCCAGCACCUGCAUGAACCUGCUCAAGCUUCCUGAGUUCUGUGACCAGCAGCUGAUGAGGAACAAGCUGCUGUACGCCAUCGAGUCGUCGGCGGGUUUUGAGCUGAGCUGAGCUGAACGAGGGCUUCUACACACUCGAUGCUGCUGCGAUGAUUCUGGACUCAAAGAGGGGAGAUAAUGCAAAUAAUGCACUGACUGAUUUCUUGUGUGUGUCUCUGUGUGUGUGUAUGCGUGCCAAGUAGGUGGUGAAUAAACUCAAACCCAGGAAGCACGCGUAACAGUGAGAAUUAGUUUGAGUUGUAUUCUUUCAGUUUUAAUCCUUGUAACUUUUUAUUAGUAAAAUUGAAUUUUUAAUAGUUUAAUCGAACAGAAGAAGUAUUAGACUCUGAAUGAAAACGAGGGUAGAAGCCGGCGUUCACCAUUAAUGAACAGUUGUUUUGUCACCAAAGAUAAACUGUAAGUAAAAGGCAAUACUGCAGAAAGAGGGACGACAUGUCAGGCUCUAAAGCCUCCUGAUGCUAGAGAAGCCUUUUUAUGAAUCUGUUACGUGUUUUCAUGUAGACGUCUUCAAAAUUGCCCAUUUUUGAGUUUCCUCAGACCAGUAAUUACUUCACUUGAUUGUCACACCGCAAGUGUGCGCACAGGUCUGAUAUGGAGAGCAGAUGGCCGGAUUAAAUCAGAGUGAAACGGACGGUAUGAUUGUGGUUUUGUGAAUAUGUAUAUGUGUUAAACUUCUCUUGUACUAUUCAUGUAUUUUACUUGUACAGGCUUGUUUCUCUUUUCAGUGUAUCAGACGGAAGUGUGCUGUUUCUGCCCUCUCACUAAAGGAGAACUAUCUCUUACCUGAUCAGUACAUGAAGUUGGAAACAGCCCACAGAUGAAUAAACCCACUUUCCCUUUUUUUAAUUUGCAUUUUCCUUCCAUUAGCCUCCGGGUUGUCUUGUUACUUGUAAUUGACUGUAAUGACCGAGACAUAAAACAGUGCUUUGUGGGGGAAAAUCUUCGCUCGAGUUUUACGGCCUCUGACAUAUAAUUAAAGAAACAUCCAGUUAAGAAACACUGAGCAGAACUGUUCUGGCCUUGAGAUGCAUUAUCGGGUUGAGCACAAAUUAAGACUGUGUGCGUUUGUCAUAAAUCCGCCUGCCCUCUGAUGCUGCAGGAAGAUUUCCAUCCCUCUUUGGACCCGGUCCAUCUCUCCGUCCUCUCUGCUGGGCUGCAACGACCAGCCUCGCUCGGCUCGUGUCGCCGCCCGAACCCUACGCCUCAGCUGGGCCAGAGAACCCAUAGUGGUAAUUGGGUCUUAAAAACCAGACUUGUCAUUGAAAUGAGGGAUUCAUCUCAAUUAUGAUUAGAUUUAUUUAAGACUAUUACCAUGUGAUGGAUUGUAACUGACAACGUUAAUGCGGCAUGCUUUGAAUCUUCUCCUUUAGCGCGCUCAAAGGUGUUUUAGAGGAUAAGCUGAAGCUUUUAUUUUUGUUUGUUUGUUUUUUGCAGAAAGAGGAAACAUAAGUACGCACUUAAGAGUAAUUAAAAACUGUUGCCUGCUCUGGAAAUUAUUAUAUCCAAAAAUUUCACCUGCAUAUUUAGCAUAAAUGAUCGAUGCAGUUUUUGAUUAGUUUGGUCAUCAGAACUAAAAUGCCUCUCACCAAACUGGUGCAAUAGCAAAAAAUAAUAAAAAUAUGGCUGAAGAUUUCGGAACACUUAUGUUCUAGUUUUUGUUGUAAUGUAGUGCCAUCUGGUGGCAGCUGAUGGAAAAUAGAAAAUAUUAAACAUUGAUCAUUGACAGGGUUUUAAAUGUCAGUUUUGUACUGGAAAUUAGCUAAAAAAUGUCCUUAAUGAAGGAAACUGAAUUAAUUGCAGCUCAAGACACUGGUAAUGAUCUGUUCUUUAACACUAACUUGUGGAUUUGUGAGUUUUAUUUCCAUGGCAUAAGCUAAAUGAAAGUUGAAAAAUGUGCAGUUUUUUUCUAUUUAGCAUAGAUGACACCACUUCAGAACACUGUGUUAGGGCUGUUUGCUUGUCUAGACAUAAACAAGUAGUUGGCCAGCCUUGUGUCUGUCUUGGGGUCUGAAAGAUGGCUUGUUAACUGCACUUCACAUUUCAUUAGAUUGGUUUUAAAGUUUAGAGUUACCUUUGUCUCCUUGUCAAAUGUAUGCUGCAGUCAUAAUAAUCAGAUAAAGUCAUUAAGGUCUGUGCCAAUACAUUUAGAAGCAGCCGUUCACUGCUUGAUGUGUGAUGACCUACCUGAGUGGUAGGUAUUACUGUGAUUCUUCCUGCUUUAUUGGUCUAAUUUCAGCUCAAAAUGCUCAGUAGAAAAAAAAGCUAUGUGUGGAUUUAUUUGAGUCCUCUAAUUUUCAAAAGCUUUGGAUAAAUGUAACUGCAAAAGCGACCUUGGUGUUCCUUUUAUGACCAAUGCCGGUCUUCAUUUUUCAUUUAAAAACUCACAUCUCCUUUGGUUACAUAGAUUUUCUAAGAUGUGAUUUGAAAUUGAGGAGCCAGUUUCCAACAAUUAAAAAUGAUAUUGUUUUAUAAUAAAAAGUAAUGUAAUUUUCUUCA